AUGGCGUUGAUGAAGUUAUGGGUAUGUUUCACUGCCUUCUGUAGCGUAGUUUUCUGUGCCUCGCUGUUGUGGACAUACAAGAUCCAGUCAAGGGUGUUUGAGAACAAAAGGCACCAACAGAUAAGAUAUGUUGAAUCUAUACCAUCAACCACUUCCAUCACAGAGAUGGAGCCAGUUGCCAACCAGGCAUCAACUGAUGGUUUCACCGUGGCAAUAAACAUCGUUCUUAUCGUGACCUAUGUUCGGAGUGGCUCUAGCUUGGUUGGGGAACUUUUUAACCAAAACCCGGACGCUUUUUACAUGUUUGAGCCCACGCAUGAACUUGACAGGGCAUCCAUGAAGCGACAUUUAACUUACACCGAUAACUCGCAAAGGUUACGGACGAUGGAAAGUACAGGACUACCCAAAAAAGAAUUCAUGACGGACGUGGUCAAAAACUUGAUAUCAUGUGAUUUUACCAAGGUUCCUGUCAAUGUCUUAGCGCCGGAGUCACCUUCUCACUGGUUUUUCAUUGCUCUUGGCAGACACAUACAUUUAAGAACUUAUGCCUCAUGCAUUUUAAAGUACAACACAACGGCAGAAGACAUCCAAUGUAUCCCACUGAUAAAACGGGCAUGCGACAAAUCGUUUAAAGCAUUCAAAAUUGUCGUGCUCCGUAUGACAGACCUCGAGCCGAUUUUGAGGCAGUUCGAACCAGUAAAGAUUCUUUAUCUCGUGCGCGAUCCACGGGCUUCGAUUUUAUCGAUGCGAAAAUACAAGCUGAUCCGGCCUGUGACGCUUCAGAAGUGCAACAUGACGUGUGAGACAGUCAAACGUUGCAAGGAACACAUGAUCCCCGAUCUCGUCGCACGUGACAGGCUACAAAGUCGGUUCCCUGGUCGCAUUAUGACCCUCCGGUACGAAGACUUAGCGGACAAUCCCAUCGCCUAUGCUGACAAGAUAUACGAGUUUAUUGGGCGGAAAAUGCCAGCCAAUGUUAGAGAGUGGCUCGUUAAUACUACAUCUGGUAAAAUAGAAGGGGAUGUUAUGUCCGAUCCGUACGGCACAAGUAGAGUAAACUCAUCGCAAACCGCUCACCAAUGGGAGAGGACGAUACAGCCAUCCCUAGGCGUUGAGGUAGACAGCUAUUGUGGUGAGGUCAUACAAAAGUUGGGCUAUGAAUCAUUCGCUAAUAUACAGUCUAAAGAAGUCAAGAAAGACUGA